AUGGAUGAUCCAAGAGAGAUAAUAUCUGAAGAUGAAUUGACUGCUGAUGAAAAUGAAGAAUUGAUUAAUUUACAGAAAGAAUAUGAGUUGAAGAAGAAAGAUUUGUUGGAAAAGAAAGCUUCAAAAUUCCACGAGAACCUUAAUACCAGACAAGUUAAAAAGGUAGAUUUUGAAAAAAGAAUAUUCAGUUUUGAAUUACCUACAUUAGAAAAGAAAGAGGUCGAUGAAACUGAACCCUUAACCGGGAUCCCAAUACGGCUAAGGUAUUACAAACAUGAUGAAAUAAUCCAUAUAGUUAAAGAUAUCAAACUCAUGAAUGUUAACAAGGUACUUGCAAAGAUCACUAAACCCGAUUAUAAAGAACCAAAUUAUAAUAACUGGGCAUUUAUUGGGUUUGUUGUAGAUAAAUCCAAGUUAUUGAAAACUAUCAAAGGGGAGAAGUAUUUAAAGUUAAGAAUUGGUAACUUUUCCCAUACGGUAUCCGUGAAUUUAUUUGGUGAAGGAUACCUGAAAUAUUGGCAAUUACCAAUUGGGGAGUUGGUGAUAAUUUUAAAUCCCAACAUUCAUAAAAACCCAAAAGGUUUUGAUUUCUUCAUAUCGGAAAACUUGAACAACAUUCUUUCGAUUGGUAUGGUUAAAAAUAUCGGUAAAUGUAAAGAUGAUAAAUGUACUAAUUAUAUUGAUCCCAAAGAUCAGUAUUGUGAUUUCCAUCAAAGUAUUCAGGAAAAGAAGUUCUUGAAGAAUAAAAGAAUGGAAUUAAAUGGAUCAGUCAAAUUGUUUAAUCCCCUUCAAAAACGGUCAGAGUAUUUGAAAGAAUUAAAUGAAGAAAGUAAGAUUUUCCACAUGAAAUCAAAUUUUAACCUGGAGAAAUUUGUGGACGAAAAUUAUUUCAGGAAACAAGGAAGUAAGCGGAAAUUAGAAGAUGAAAAAAGCAAACGGAACCUUGAAGAGAAGUUAAUGGCAUUAGGAGGCAGAGCCAAAUAUGAAAAUUUAGGACUUUUGAAAAAGACAAAAAUUUCACCUAUCAAAUCAGAUUCCAAACCUAAAUUGAAUUUGAAAGAAGAAUUAAAGCUGUUAACUAAGGGUAAAAAGAUCAAUUUGGGGAUGAGUAAACAAGACAAAAUUCACAAGAAACAAAAGUGGGAUAAGAAUAUGAAUAUCUUGAACAAUAAGCAAGUUCCACCAAAAGAGGUAACUCUAGAAUCAGACGAUGAGUUGAAUAUAGUAGUGAACAAAUCAAAUUAUGAUCUAAUGAAAAGUUAUGAAAAGUAUAAAAAUAAUACAUAA